AUUGGAGGUCGAAAAGGCGUGGUAGUCCAUAAACAGUCAAAUAUAUACAUUGUUUUUUUCCUAUCCUCUUUAGUCUUUGGUCAAUAAAAAUAAUUGUCCUAAAGUGGUCCUGAAAAUGGAGGAAGGAAUAUCCGUUCAAAACGAAGGGAAAAGUAUUGAUAUAAAACAGGAAAAGCAGGAUAAUGUCGAUAAUUUUAAAUGUGAAUUCGAUUCUGGAAGUCAAGAUAGCAGCAAGAGUGGGAGUGGAGGAUACCAGCGCUGGGCGCCCAAUUUAAACGGGAUCCGGAAAAGUGCAUUUACGCCCUACAAAUCAGUCCAGUGCACCGCUUUGACCAAUUUGCAGAGAGGUAAUACGCAGGCGCGGGUUCCCGAGCUACCUCAGCCCGAUUGUAGCUUCCAUGCCAAGGCUGGCCGCGGAGAAAUAACCCGUGACGACGUGAAACUGGAGCAGUACGUUGAUAUCACGGACGAGCACGGUCUUACGGCGCUGCACUGGGCGGCGAGUUACGGGCAGCUCAAUAGCUGCCAGGACCUCGUUUGGAGUGGUGCUAAUGUCAAUAUGAGAGGACCUGAAGGUGAAACAGCUCUGCACCUUGCUGCAGCAGGGGGGCAUCAUGAAGUUGUUAAGUUUCUGCUGAAUGAAGGAGCAGACUCUGAUAUACAGGAUGAUUCUGGCAGUACAGCGCUCAUGUAUGCAGCAGCAGCUGAUUUUCCGUACACCUGCAAUGAACUUCUCAUCAGAGGAGCCGAUCUUACACUAACCAAUGAUUAUGACCAAGACGCCUACACUUUGACCACAACCAACAACUGCAAACUGGCUCAAACUGUGAUAGAGAACUUUUUGAUUGGCUGUCUCAGCAAGAUGUAAAGGAAAUAACCCAUCCAUUUCAGUUGCUUUGGACAACCAACACAAUGGAUUCAUUUGCUUACAGAAGUUAAUGAAAAUACAGGGAUUUAGUUUAUAAUAUAACAUAUAAUUGUAUUUAAAAUUUUAAGUUCAACUUAUACAAACAUGUGAUGUGAUGACUCAAUAGACAGACAAUAUAUGAAUUAAAUCUGA